UACAGGAACGUAUUUUCCUCCACGUUAGGUGCCAUUAGCAGCGAGGGGCGCCGUGCCUGGUGUGCCCGUUAUGCCUUGGUAGCCGGGGAGGACGAGACCCGCCGCCACCCACACACCCUUGACACAGCCGCCGCCACUCUCACACUGUUGUUCGUCGCGCCGUGAAGCAAGGACCAUCAAAAUUCCGGUCCCCAGCGAAUUUCGGCAGGCCCGUUUGGGGAGAGCCGAAGAGACCAUGAACGCCAGAAGGAAAACCCGCUCCACCUCCGCCAGAGGAGGUCGAGGGGGCAAGGGAGCAGAGAGACAGGUGUCCGCUGACGGGGUGUACACCAACCAUCGCUUCAUGCAGGCCGUGGGGGCUCUGGUCGGCCUCCCAGUGAGAAUACAGACCAAAACUAAUGAAAUCAUCGAGGGAGUCUUCACCACCUUCAGCCCAAACUUCGACCUGGUGCUUGACUUGGCCCACCAGGUGUCCCGCUCAGACCCCUCCACCAUCAACCCAGAGACCAUCAAGCCCAAGAUGAUCUUCACUGCCGCUGAUAUUGUGACCAUCAAGGUGGCCAAUGUCGACCUGGAAUAUGCCACUAGAGAUGGAUUUGCGGUGGACCAAGUGAUCAGCCGCUACAACGGGCAGGGGGGUGAGAAGCCCCUGGAGCCCUGGCAGGGAGACCCAUCCACCGACGACUGCAUCGGCCUCGGGGAUGAGAACUCUAAUGGAUGGGACGUGGAUGACAUGUUCCGCAAGAAUGAGGAGAAGUACGGCGUGACUACCUCCUACACGCCCGACAUGGAGGGCUAUACCACCCGCCUCUACAAACUCAACACGCCGGAGUACAGGGAGCGUGAGGCCAAGGCUUCAAGGAUUGCCGCGGAGAUAGAAAAGUCCCCCACCACCCAGGUUCGCUUGGAUGCUGAGAAUGGGGACGAGGAGGAGAGGUUCUCCGCAGUGCUGAGGCCCGGGGAGCAGGGGGGUAAAUACAUCCCUCCAAUGUUACGUAAGAAAAACCAGAAUGGGGGGAAGGCGCAGCGAGCUACCCCACCCCCCACUGGCGCCAGAUACAACUCCCAUGGCAGCUCCAACCCCCCAACCCCCACCUCCCCCUACCCUGGACCCCCACCCACAGGAUCCGCCGGGCACAGUCCUGUAGGGUUACCGGGAGCAUCCCCUGCAUAUCAGCCCCAGCAGCCCCCACAGCAGCUCCCUAACCAUGCCCUGCCCCCAGCCCAGCACCAGCCCAUCCACCGUAAUAACUCCCAGGGGUCGCAUCAUGGCCAUGCCCCUGACACUAAGGUCAACGGGGAUGCCAAGAAUUCAUAUGACCGUAAGGGGCACGAUGGGCCACCAGUGGACGCCAGUGGGCGGGAGGUGCGACACAACAACUCCCACGGUGGCAAACAGCAGCAGCAGCAGCAACAGCAGGACCUCCACCCACGCCACCACGGCCCACCACACUCUGAGCCUGCACACAUGACACAGCAGCAAGCACAGCAACAACAACAACAACAGCAGCAGCAACAAGCACAGCAGCAGCAGCACCAGAAGCCCAUCCCGCAGAAGCCCCCGCCCCAGCAGCACCACCAGCACACCAGCCACAUGCCGCCUGUGGGACAGGGCGAUCACCGCAAGGCUGAGCCACGAGAACAGCGUGAGCCAAGGAAGAUGCGCAACAAGGAGGAGCAAAUUGCCGACCUCAAGAAGUUCAGCGAGGACUUCAAGCUCUCGGACCAGCCAGAGAAGAAGGCUCAGGGUCAGGGCCAGCAGCAGCAGCCUCAGCAACAACAGCAACAGCAGCAGCCACCCCAGCAACAGCAACAGCACCACCACCAGCAUCAGCACCAGCAGCCUCCACCACCAACACAGCAACAGCAGCAGCAGCCUCCACCCACAUCCCAGCCUCCACCACCACAAGCACAGCCACACCCACAGCCACAGCCACAGACACAGCCUCCACCGCAGCCCCAACAGCAGCCUCCACCACCACAACAGCAGCCUCCACAGCCACCACAGCUGCAGCAACCACCACCACCAACACCACAGCAGCACCACCAACACCACCAGCAGCAACCACCUCCACCGCAGCCACAGCAACCACCUCCACCACAGCAGCAGCCACCACCACCCAUACCGCAAACACACCUCCCACCACAGCAUCUCCCGCCGCAGCAGCACCCUCAACCACAGCGACAGACACCGCCUGUAACAUCGGUGACUAUGGGCCCACCACAGACAGCUCAGCAACCCCCCCCGCACCACCCCCAGAACCCCCCCACCAUGACCAUGAGCCCAGCCGCUGAGAUGAGCAAACCGCAUGAUGAGAUGGAGAAGAUCGCCACCACCGUCACCCACUCCAAGCUUAACCCCAAUGCCAAGGAGUUUGUGUUCAACCCCCAUGCCAAACCCUUCAGCCCACGCUCCCCCAGCACCACCACCCCACCACGCCCUCACACUCCCCAGACCCCACAGAUCCCACCCAACCAGCCGCCCCAGUUGGCUCCCGGGCCCCCAGUUGGCAUCCCUCACAUGGUGCUCACCUCGCAGUCCUUUGCCAUACAGCCGCAGCCUCCACGCUUCCCCAAGAGAGUGCCUGUGGGUGGUAGUCAGAGGCCAGAAUACACCUCACCCCUUCAAGUGGCAGCUGCUACUGGCCAGCCCAUCCUGGCUCCUGCUCCCAUGGGCACACAGACCCAGCCCAUCACCACUGUACAGAUCCCACAGAAUAUUAUGCCCCAGACCCCUCAGCACUACCAGCAGUACCCUGGUGUACCCAUUGUGAUGCGGUUCCCCCCCACUGGCAUGCCCAUGAUGGCUGCCAUGGUGCCCAACUCCAUGGGGCUGUGCCACCCCAACCCAGACUCCCAGCAGCCCUCCCAGCAGCAUGGCCACCAGACCAUGUACAUGGCCCAGACCAGCCUACCUCCCCACCAGCCACACCCAGCGCACACCCCCGGCCCCGUCCCCCAGCCCACACAGCCUCCCACACCCCAGAACCCCGGUGGCGGCAGCGGACCCCCCAACAUGCCCAACCCACCGUCAACCCCCGGACCCACUCCACCACAGUCCCUCAUUUACCCCAUGGGAGGACAGCCGUCUCUGCCCCAACACCUGCCCCAACACUCCCCCCACCCUGCCCCAAGUCCCCACACCCAGCAGUACCCGGGCCCUGGCCAGGGGGGAGCGGGCUCCGGGGGCCACCACGGCGGGCCGGGCCAGAUGACGGCCCAGUACGUGGUGCUGCCCCACCACAUGAUGCACCACUCGGGGCCGCCCCCCCACUCCGCUGCGGCACACAUUCCCUCCUCCAUGCCGGGCUUCACCCCCACAUCAACAGCCACUGUACAGCAACUACCCUCUCAUAUUCAAUAUUUCCCAAGUAAGCACCACCCACGGUUCCCACACUGAGGUGCUGAGCAGCUUGAGGAGAGAGAACAACUUGCUUGAUAAGUUUUGAGGUUCCUCAAUGAUGAUUGCUUUAUACUUCUGAAUUGAGAAAAAAAAUGUUUCUGUGCCACUAUUUAAUCUUGAUAGAUUAAUGGAAUAUUAAGUAAGAGUAAGAGUAUGAGGUGGCCGGGUCAUCAACCCGAGCCCCGGCAGAUCUGGCGACGUGAAGCGAGUUGGAGGUCACGAGCUGAGACGGUGUUUGUGCCCGCAGGUACAGCCGGCAGCCACGGUCACCCAAUGUCCCUCGUCCAUCACAGCCAAUGAAGUCUGGGCUCAGUAGGAUCAAAGCCACAUUUGUCCCCAGCUAUCAGCCGUGCCCGCCUGAGUGUCUGGUCUCCACGUGAGGAGCACCCUGGCCUGCACAGGGGAGGGAGGGAAGGCGGGCGGAGUCUUGUUGCCGCGUUGAGAAGUGUAAAUAUGUAGUCUUGAGUGGAGUGCGUGUCAGUAUGCGUGCUGCUAAUAUGCCAGUGGUGUGUGAGGAGGCGCUGGAGCAAGUUGCUAAAUUUUUUAUAUAUUGUAAAUGGAUAAUGAAUGAGAUGUUACGUGUAAGGGUCAUAAUACGGGUAUGCUCUCUUUGUUUUUCUGUAACAAAUGCAUUUUAGCAUAGAAGUGUGUGACUCUAGACACAGCGGAUGUGCUCCAGGCAAAGAAGUCCUCCAACAAACACACGAUUGACGUAUUCUUACCACGGAAGUGGAUAUUUAUUGUUGAAGAGAGAGAGAGAGAGAGAGAGAGAGAGAGAGAGUAGAGAGUAGAGAGAGAUUUAAUUUACUCUAAGGUCUCAACUUCACAAAGGAGUAGUAGGCCACAAAGUCUAAGGCGUAGCAGCAGUUUUUAUGGCGUGGCGUGCGGCGGCAGGCGUGUGAGGCUCGGGGCACCACACACGGGCGGCCGGCGGUGGCGGGGACACAGAGAAGUCAGCCCUGGCGGUUGUUACUUCGGCGCUGAACUGUUUUGAUAAUCUUGUAUGCAUGUGACGGUUCAAAGCAAAGUGGCAAUAUUCUGUAAAGAGUCAAGUCAGUGGGGAGCCUGCCAGACAGCUAGCUUGACAAAAAAUUAUUGUGGAAAUACAAUUUGCCUUAUAAUGUUUUAUAAAUAAGUUUGCCUCAUUCAAACUGAGUCUGUGUUGUGAGUGUGGCAAGCUGGGCUGAGUUGUCUCAGAGCUCUGGUCACACACAUUUUGUAUAGACUUACUCAUUCUAUCUGGGCAUCAGUAUCUCCUCUCAAUCAUCUUUCUUGAAAUGUGUACACAGAUGUAUUUGCCCAAGACUUUAUGCAGAUGAAUUUGACAUACAUACACUUAACAUACACAUCCUCACACCCAGAGCAGUGUAUGUAUCAGGACAUUUCCACCACACUCAGACACACCUUCCAGUCCUGCAGUGCUACAAUCCAUGGCUGUUGCCUGACUGACUGUGACACCUUCAUCCUCACUUUCAUACAAGUUGUCUGUGUAGCCUCUUCGUGAACGCUGACCAGAGGACAAAUGGGCGGGUGACAACCUUUCGUAACGGUCGCGCCGCCAUUAUUUGAUUGUAGCCUAAAUCUUUUAUUUGUGGCUGCUGACGCUGUGCCAUGCAGUUCUCGGCAAUAAUCAGGACAGAUAUUGUUUUGCAUUUGCAGACGUGCUGAGCAGUUAUCAUUACUUAUCUGCAUUUUGUGUAUGAGUACCAACCACUCAUGGAGGAAUGAAUGUGCUGUGUGGUUCCUGAACAUCCACGCAUCAGUUUGCUGUCAGCUCAGAAAAUAAUUGACCGUGUGAGGUGGUGUUACGUGUUUUUGGAAGAGUAAAGAGACCUUACUAGUCGCUCAAUUACAAGCGUGUGUAUAUUUCUUUUGUAUUGAGUGCAGAAAUUGUUACAAUUUGUUGAUGCAUCACCAGCAACUUUUUGUAUGAAGUUUAUUCCAAAUGCGAUCCUGUCAGCCCCCGGGCCAGGCUGUUCCCAGCCGCCCGCUGAACAGGUGUAUAGAAAAAGGUGCUGUUCACAGUGUCUUGAAAAAUGCAUCCCUUGUGCAAGAGGACUGGGAACCAAAUAUCUGCGUGUGACUACAGUGGCAUGAUCCAACCCUUUUUGUAAGCCUGCAGAAAAGAAUAACACGAGAUUACGAAGAGCCUCUUAUCAUAACUAGGAUAGCAAGUAAAGGUUUUAUCCUGUUGGUAUGUCAACCCUUCCUUUUAUCUUGAGAGAACCUUUACCACAUUGGUUGCCCAGUGUUGAAGCCUUUUUUUAUGUUCCGUUAUCUUCGCCCAGUACGUGCACAGCUGGUAGAUCAGAGUAGGACCGUUUAAUUUUGAGACGUAAGGCACGAAAGGUUGUUUGAGGAAGAGAGUGAGUGAGCCCUUAUUAUUUAUUACUCCCCAACAAGCCUCUGGGGGCCGGGAGAGUGGAGAGCCUCAGGGUGACGGGUGUGUGAGUGUGGGAGGUGUCGGUGUCCCGUUUCCUCCUUGCCUCAGUGUGAAUGUUAGGAAAUACCUUCCGUUUAUUCCCCUUCGGUACACGGUAGUGCCCCAAAAGGCUGACAGUGCUGCUUACUUUUACAUACUUAACUUUAUAAUUUUUUAUUGUUAUAUUAUCAUGGUGGGGUUUAAGAGCGAUGCCCUACACUUGUGGCUUGUUAUGUUGUUCAUCGGCCAUGUCCUGUGUGACGGACCAGCUGGCGUGUGUGUACGUGUGUAUGUUAACCCUGUAAGGGACUUUACUAAGGGCAGAAAAUGGUUACACCCACAAAAUGCCACAUUGUCAGAGCAGCCAUCAGUCCGAGUAAUAUACAUUGUUAAUUGAAUAUGUAAUGUUAUAAUUAUUGUUCUCGUGCAAAUUGUAAGACAGAGUAUAUUAUCAACAUACGACUCAUGAGAUGCAUUCCUUGGGGGUUAUUUUUAUACCACCGCAGCUGUAAACAAGUAAAUCUGAGCGGAAUUUAUGGACAUUUCCUUGAGAAUAAGAGCACGAACACUUGUGGCUAAAACCUUUACCAUGUCGUGCCUCCUCUUCAUGUGUUUAUUGACUCUUCCACCUCCAUAUGAGAACAAUGUAGAACUAUAGUUACCUCCUUGGCUUUGUUUUAAAUCAGUAAGCAAACGGCUCUCUUGUGCCGCUGUUUGGUUCACGGGGCUUUGUUAUUUUUUUCUGUACCCACCAAGGAAGUUUUUACACAUUUGUACUUCAUUUUUUUUUCUUCCCAUUUUUGUACUUUUUGAUGCCUUGUCUCAUUAGUGUUCGUCGUCAUUCUCGUUUCGUCUUCAGGAUCCUUGGAUGUUUUCCCCCUCUUAGUUUGAGUGUGUAGGAGCGCGAGUGCAGUGGGUUUGUGUGUGAGUGCUAGGCACGAAUCCACAACUCAUUACACAAAGGCACGAGAGAGCAAUUUUUUUCACGACUUUUUACGUUUAGGUGUUUACGAGAGAUAUACGUAUAGUUUAUUUAUGUCGACUGUCUUACCCUUUCAUUAACGUGUGUGUGUGUGUGUGAGUAUGUGUGUGUAUGUGUGUGUGUGAGUGUAUGCAUGCAAGCAGAAACUUACCCUUGUCUGGGUGUGUUGCUGGGCAUGCGUGUUGCGGCGGGCAUCUGGGUUGUCUCAGUGCCCCCCUUGCCCUCUGUUCGUCAUUUCAGGGCAAUCAUUCCUUUUGUUCUUGUUUUCUCUCUGUCCCUCAUCGUUAGGUAUCGUUUUCGGAAGUCCUCAACAUCGAUUUUUCUAACUCAUAUUCUUCCCACACUCUAAAAUCUCUGUUGCAUUUUGUAUUUCUGCAGUUAUAUUCAUGGUUAUUUUUUUAUCGUUUUUCUGCAUUUGUGGAUCCAUGGCCAUUUGAGUGAGUCUGGUCUUUCUCUUUUCAUUUUUUCUCUUCUCUCCUCCUCUUCUGCUAUCUCAUCCUCAUUGUCUACCAGUUGUGUUUACCGAAGAGCUGCCUCCCUUCCUCUGAUCCUCCCAUCGCCAACACCGCCGCAUCAAACGUUCAUAUUAUACUGCGGUUCAUUCACCCUCAUCCUGUUCCCUUACCUUUUAUUUCCAGGUCCCUUCCUCCCCUCGAGUUUGGUUCCCCCACAGUCCCGCCACCUCCUCCCCGACCCCCCUUUUAACCCCUCUUAUUCCCUCCACCCACCCACCCACAGUCCCCUCCCCCACCCUUCUGUAGCAAGUCAGGAGGCCGAGAGAACAGAGCUGCGAUACAUGAAAGUUACGUCAAAUGAAACUUAUCCAAGAUGGGCCGCGUACGCUGAGAGAACAAACCUUGGCAGCCCUAUUACAAAGCCUCCCGCUCCAGGGCCGGCCAACGCGACACAUAAUCGGAACGUCAGUAGAGUGUAGGAGUAGAGAGUGUUACCGCAAGGAAAUUGAAUACACGUGAAAGUGAGCUAAAGGUACAGCUGAAUUUCCUUAGCUCGUAAAGGGAGGUUUCUGCUUUACAUCGUCACCACAACAAAAAGAGUUCCGAACGUUGGCGUAGAAAAGAGUGCUGGAGUUAUUGUGGAAACGAUAAAUACAUGGGAAAGUAACUUAAAAGAAGUGAAAUAAAAGUGGAAAUGGAGGAUUUCCAAAUGUAGCAGCUGGAAUUCAAAGCUAAAUGCUAUAAAUGAUAUGAAGUA